AUGGAUUACUAUCAGAUCAAGAGAACAGACACAACUUCAGGCAUUGUGGAAUGGGCAAUGGCAGAGUUACUAAAAAAGCCUAAAAUUUUGGCAAAAGCACAAGCUGAGCUCAAAGAAGUCAUUGGCAAUGAUGGAAUAGUGCAAGAAGCAGACAUCCCUAGGCUACCUUACUUACAAGCAGUUGUAAAAGAAAUCCUUCGGUUGCACCCAUCAGCACCAUUACUACUCCGCCAUAAAGCCGAAGCUAAUGUAGAAAUAAGUGGUUUCAUGGUGCCCAAGAAUGCACAAGUUCUUGUUAAUGUAUGGGCUAUUGGUCGAGACUCAAGCAUAUGGUUACACCCAGAUUCAUUUGUACCUGAAAGGUUCUUAGACCUUAAAGUUGAUAUGAGAGGCCAAGAUUUCGAGCUCAUUCCUUUUGGCGCGGGAAGGAGGAUGUGUCUAGGAAUACCGUUGGCGUAUCAGAUGGUGCACUUCACGUUGACUUCUCUUCUUCAUUCCUUUGAUUGGAAGCUUGGAGGCGGAAUGGAAUCAAAAGAUAUAGACAUGAGCGAGAAGUUUGGAAUUACUUUACGUAAGGCCAUACCUCUCAAGGCUAUUCCAAUUUCCAAUUAA